AACGCAGCAAAAGCGUUUUUGAAUUUAACGAGAAGCUUAGCCUCUACCCUACCCUAAUUCCCUUAGCCUUGCCGGUUGCGUCUCUGUCAGAUUUUCUUUGCGCUGUGGACAAGACGUGUGAGGUGUAUUUCGUGGAAGCUUUUCGAAUGGUCAUCGUUUUCCUAAAGUAAACGUUAAAAGAAAUCAGAUGACCUCUUUCUACGACGACAAAGUUCAUGCGCUCGAGUUGGCUGAAGAGCUCAGUCAAGUGAACUGCCAAGAUGACUUGGAGUUUGCCUACCUGUUUGAAUAUGAGCCGCCAAGCAGCGACUUCCCUGGGGAGAAUCGAGAUGAUCCAGGUCUCUCCACGCACAAAGUGCUUAGCUCCCCUGGUAGCCUCUCCUACAACCUGGAGGACACCGCUGGCUUUGGCCUCAAGUCCUGCAGCCCAUCCUACGGCGAGGCCAACCCCGAGGGCCUGCCCGACUACGAGAGCUUCGAGGCCAAAGGCUUCCUGGGCCAGGCACGUCCGCUCGGCGCUCCCGCUCUCAGCCCGCGCAUCGAGAUCACGCCGUCCCGCGAGCACUACAGCCACGCCCGCGACUCCCUGCAGGGCCAGCUGCUCAACAACAGCCCGCGCCAGGCGCUGACGGUGCCCGGCCAGGACAGCCUGGCAUACCGCGAGCCCGCCUGCCUGAGCCCGGCCAGCAGCAACUCGUCCACCAGCUGGCACUCGGAGAGCUACUCGCCCUGGGCCUCGCCCUGCGUGUCGCCCAGCAACGGGCAGACGGCCGGCGACCUGUGCCCGCGCUUCCAGGGCAUCCAGACGGGCGGCGGCGGCGGCUCGCCACGCGCCUCCCCGGGCACGUCCCCGCGCGCCAGCCUGACGGAGGACUGCGCCGGCCCGCGCUCGCCCUCCUCGCGUCCCGGCUCGCGCUCCACCUCGCCGCAGGGCAAGCGCACCUAUCACAUGUACCGCAACCCCGGGCUCGUCGCCGGGCCGCGCUCCCGCAGCCCCUCUCCGCACGCCGCCCAUGACCACCACCACCAGCACCACCCGUCGGCCGGCGGCGUCCACUACGGUUCGGACGUCCUCAACGGCUUCAACGUGGCCCAGCCCAGCUCCGUGCCCACCAAGAUCAUCCGCACCGCCAACAGCAGCCAGGCGUACGGCGUCUACCCAGAAGCCCCCACGGAGGGCUACGUGUUGCCGUGCCAACAGGAUGUCAAAACCAAGCCUGAGUCCUUCUAUGUCAUCCCGCCCGCCAUCUGGACCAAGCAGCUCCCGGCCAUCCCAGGCAUCUGCAGCAUCCCAGUGUCCUCUCUGCCCCCGCUGGAGUGGCCCCUGCCCAACCGCACUGACCAGUACGAGCUGUACAUCGAGGUGCAGCCCAAGCCACACCACCGCGCCCACUACGAGACGGAGGGCAGCCGCGGGGCCGUCAAGGCCCCUACAGGGGGACACCCGGUAGUGCAGCUGCGCGGCUACCGAGGGAAGGAUCCUCUCGGGCUUCAGAUCUUCAUCGGCACGGCAGACGAGCGCAUCCUCAAGCCGCACGCCUUCUACCAGGUGCACCGCAUCACCGGCAAGACCGUCACCACCUCCAGCUACGAGAAGAUCAUCAGCUGCACCAAGGUCCUGGAGAUCCCCCUGGAGCCUAAGAACAACAUGAAGGCAAUAAUUGACUGCGCUGGGAUCCUGAAGCUCCGUAAUGCGGACAUCGAGCUGAGGAAAGGCGAGACAGACAUCGGCCGCAAGAACACUCGUGUGCGGCUGGUGUUCCGGGUGCAUAUUCCGCAGCCCAGCGGCCAGCACGUCUCCCUGCAGGUGGCCUCCCACCCCGUCGAGUGCUCCCAGCGCUCGGCUCACGAGCUGCCCAUGGUGGAGAAGCAGGACCUGGACAGCUGCAGCGUGCUGGGGGGCCAGCAGAUGAUCCUCACCGGCCAGAACUUCAGCUCUGACUCCAAAGUCAUCUUCACCGAGAAGACCCAUGACGGACAGCAGAUCUGGGAAGUAGAGGCCACGGUUGACAAAGACAAGAGCCAAACCAGCUUGCUGUUCAUCGAGGUCCCCGCAUUCCGCGACCCCUCCAUUUGCCACCCCGUGAAGGUCAACUACUAUGUGAUCAAUGGAAAGAGAAAGCGCAGCCAACCCCAACACUUCACCUACACUCCACUCCCAGUGGCCUCUAUAAAGACAGAGCCGGUGGAUGAGUGGGUGCCUAUGGCCUACGGUCUCCCCCAGCUGCUGGGUGUGAGCCCCCACUACUACCACGGCCCGCGCUCCCUCCUCACGCACGACCCCGGCAUGGCCUCCUGCCAGCAGCAGCAGCAGCAGGCUCGGCCCGCCACCGCGCCGGCUCCGGGCCUGGACCCGCACCUCCAGCAGCAGAGCCCCGCCAUCGUGUACUCGCGCGGGACCAAGAGUGCCAGCGCGGGCCCCGCUCUCUACCCCCUGUCCUCCUCCUCCUCCUCCGGCGGCCCCGGGGCCCCCGCCAUGCACCCGGACCCCCACCGCUCGGUGCUGGUGCACACGGGCUCGCCCUCCCAGCAUGGCCACGGCCACCCCCACGCGCACACACACCCCUCCAUCAUCCAGUUCUCCUCCACCCACAACCACAACCAGCUGCUGCGGGGGGCCUCUGGUGAGCCCCUGGCCGUGGCCCCUGAGCAUCAGCAGCAUGCGCUGUUCGGAGAGUCCCCUCACAGCCAGCACUACCCCACCGUCAUCCAGCAGCAGCAGCAGCAGCAGCAGCAGCAGCAGGCCUACAGCCCCAAGAUCCCCAAGAGCAGCAGCCCAUCCAGUGAGGAGCAGAGCCCCAGGGCGCCUGCACGGGUCACCGUUAAGACGGAGAACCUUGACCAGGCUUACCUGGAUGAUGUGAAUGAGAUCAUCAGGAAGGACCUAAUGUAACUGGUGUACAUGGCAGAGGGCAGACAUAAGGAGGGAAGUACGAAGAACAUCGCCACCCCCUCCACCCCCCCCCCCCCCCCCUACUCCUCUUCCUCCUUCUCCUCCUCGUCCUUCUCCUCCUCCUCACCUCCUCUGCUGGUCCAUCACAUGAGGCUGAGGAUGGACAGCAACAGGGACUCCUCCUAUUCAGCAGCAUCUGAAAAGUGUGUGUGUUUUCAGGUUGGCCCAUAACUGCUGACUUGAGCAUUGACUUAGUAAAUCGAUUGUGCCUCCAGAUUUCGAAGACACGAGGCCUUAAAAAAUGAGUUACCCAUUUAGAUAAUCCAGCCAAAGAAAAGGUCAAAGACAUUAUCAACUCAUGCUGAGAAAAAGUUGGGUAUUUCCCAUGAUGGGGAACAGUAUACAGUAGCAGCCAGGAGUUUGCUAGAAAAUCUGGUUACCUUUGAACUGACAUGCACAAUCUGUAAAACUUGUAUGACGCCAAAUGGUCAUUGCUUUCAUCUGUCUGUACCUUCAGUGUGCAUGGCGAAAUUGACACCCUCCAAGGAUGGUCCAUACUAUCAGUUUGCCUUACCAGUUUCCUUAAAUAAUCUCAGUAUUUGGGUGAAUUGUCCUGUUGGAAAGGGUGAUAGUUUUGAUUGUGUAGAAUAACCAAAUGAAAUCUCAUGUGCCUCAGUUUAGCAUUCUUGCCAUAUUAUGUAAAAUGCACAUUUAAAAAUGCUCUUUAAAGGGAAUCUUUGAAAUGCCAUUGUACUUUAGAUGUUACUAUGUUUGUUUAUUAUGUGAUGUUUUUCAAACUAUAACAUGACGAAAAGUCUUGUUGCCUGUUUCAAUACAGCUAGUCGUUAAAACCAAAGAGACAAGACUUUUCCGAACUUAUUUUCAUUGCGUGGAAAGCUUUGAGCUAAGCUAACUUCAGACAGUCAGAAUGUGAGGUAUAUUCUGUGCUUGAUCCUGACUCCUUGCUUUGUAUGACCUAUUUCUAUGCAACGUGUGCUCAGCUACAUGCCUAUACUUUGAGUACCUGGCCUUGCACUCCUGUUCUGAAGGAUUUCCCUCAACAUGUUGCCUGUAUGCAUCCUCUCCUAGGCUUAUGUGUCUGCUUAAAAAAGCAAUGUGUUUUUUUUGUUCUAUGGUGCUUUCAUAACUUGUCUCGGAAGCAUUUUACAACUUGCACUCAGAGGCAUUUUGUAGGUUGUUAGAUCUUAAGAGAGCUAAUGAAAUCAUCUCAAUGAAAGUCUCUAGUGUUAACAACGUAGGCAAAAUACAUCAUUUGAAUACAGAAAAGUUCCUUAGGUUCGUCAUUGAUUUUCUAACAAAUGUCUGGGACAUUAUGUACAACACAUGUAACUAAGUUAAACCUAUUUGCAUUACAUUUGCAAUAUCAAAUGAGUUAAGGAAAAGCCAAAGCCAUGAAAACUGAUAUCUCAGCUGUCUCUUUCAAAAAGCAAAUAAUUUCUAAGUCUGUAUUGAUCUAAUUAGCAUGUGAGAGAUGCACUCAUUGUACAGUUCUAAGUGUCUUAUCACGGUAAUACCAUGAAUGUAUACCAUUGACUUUUCAUGUCUGUUGUAAAUAUAUUUUGAAUAUAAUAUGAUGUAUAAAAUGUUUCUUUUUGAAAUAUCUAGUUUUUAGUAGAAAAUGUGUAUUUUUACGAACUGAAUCAGUUGUUGUCUUAGUUUUAUUGUUGUCAUUUAUCCAAAGCAUAAUAUAUGAAAUGCCAAAGAUAGAAACCUGUAGCCAUUCUUCAUUUUAGUUCCACAAUAUUAAUAUAAUAUCUUUUUUUUUUCUUAAAAGAGGCAAAUCUAUAUUUUUGUUUCAGACGUCUUAUAAUGUUUUUUUAUAUAAGAAUUUUAUAAGAAAGCUUCUUGUGUUUCGUUUGGUAUUUUGUUGCAAUCUCAUGCAGUUUGUGUUUAGACUGUGCUGUGUGCUACGCUUUAUGUUUCUGCAGUUAUUAUGAGCAAUAAAUCAGAUAUCAGAA